GCUGUAAACAAAAGUUUAAAUGUCACAGUGGGAGUAAACGGAGUAAAAAAUUUUUUUCCAAAAAAAAAAAGUGCCUUGAAAUCCAAUUCUUCCGUGAAAUAUGAGCCACCAUUGUCCUAUUGAUAAAGAGAAGUACCCACUGAGCACCCAGAUUCUCAAUUAUUACUUCAAAUAUGGUCAGAAUAGGAAUUUAGAGAAGUAUCUCAAACCAGCCCGUUCAAAAUCUUCAAGCGAAGGAAGCCUUUCCGUUGCUACAAACAAAUACAUUAGCCAGUUGACUAAAUCUCUGGAGAAUCUCAAUGUGCUGCACAAUUCGAGUGAUAAGGAGGAUAAGGAGGGUAAGUCUGGAAGUGAGGGUGAAGAGGAAAAAGUCCCAGAGGCAGAGGAGAAGCCCAAAGACAAGGGAGAUGAAUCGGGACGCAAGAAAGGAAAAUAUCAAUUUGUCAUUGAUUCCAAUGUGAAUAUCACAAUUCCUUUCAAUCCCCCUGCCACUGUGGAAUCCAAAGAACAGCCAGAACCUCUGCCGAGUACGAGUCGCCAACCAAUUGUGAGUGUUCCUAUGCAGGAGAUGCCAUUGGAGAGAAAACAGGCCGUUUCCACGUCACCCACGAGUAGUGUUAUUUCCAAUAAACAGCGCCUGGAGUGGGAUUCCCUGGCGGAUGUGGGGUAUGAGUUCUGCAAUCUGACAGAGGCACAAAUGAGUGCACAAGAGAAGGCAGUACUUAGGAAAUUCUUCACUGAGAGGGGCUUGCAGCUCAAUCAUCCUCUGAUACUGCUUUCUCCAAAUAUUGGGGCAUCCAAGAAAAAGGAUGACAAUGAGCAAGAGCAGAAGGAGAAGCCACAGAAAGCUGUUUCGAGAAUUAAUUUCACUGAAGGGGAUUUUGUUCAGAGUACUCCCCUCCGGAAGCCAACAACUCUACUGGAAAAAUCGUCUCAGACAACUGGAAAGGAGUGCAUUAGCAAAUCCAUUCAGGCUGAAAAAUCUGCCCUGCAUGAGCAAAACUCAGAAGAAUUGUCUGAGAAGCAAGAGAAGACAGCCCAGCAGCGUACGGGAUUGCAGGAAACUCGAGGAAGUUUUGAGUUUUUUGCUCCACCUCAAAUCCAGAGAAACAAGGAAAAUAUUUCCCCAUCGUCCACUGUCAAGAGCUCAGCAAGUAAGAAUAGUACUGGAGAGGAAUUGAGAGCUCACAUUUCCAACUACUUGGAUGAUUCUCUGAGAUCUGACGGAGAUGACUUCCAGAGGAGCCUCCAUCGGGCAACUUCUUUAAUUACUCUACUGAUGGACUCCAAGUCAAUUUCGGCGGGAACGAAGAAGGACCUGGUGAAGAAGAUUUUUGACAAAUUGGAAAAGAGUUACAAGAAAAGUCGCUCAAAUUCCAGGAGUGAGAUCUCAACGAGUUCUGGGCAAACUAAGUCUAAUUCCGAACACUCCCGGAGAUUCUACGUGGAUGAGUUUCAGAAGUCGGAAUUCCUGAAAGAGUGGCUAAAACCUCUGACUCAUUCCAGUGGAGAGUACAAGGCUCCGGAAAAUGCUUCAAUUGUCCAGAGUCAGGAGCACUCCAGGCCAGUAUCUGAGACAUCUGGGGUAUCUCAUGAAAGUAGAAUCUCCCGGAAAUCUUCAGCGAAAUUCAGUGGAAAUGCAGCUGAUGAAGGAGUAUCGAAGGAGAGUUUGGCUAAAGAGUUGCAGCUAUUGAGGAUAGACCAGGAGAUUAAGCAUCUCAAGGAGAUUAAAAGGAUGAUUGUGGAGGAACGCUCGAAGAAACCUGUUGCUGAAGAAACUCCUAAGGAGUCUCCAAUUGAUGAAAUUUCUCAAAUUUCCAUUGCUGGAACUUCUUCCUGGAACUCUCACUGCAAUAUGAAGCAAUUUGUGAAGAAUCGUUCCAAACUCAAGACCCCAUCUGACCGCUCCACAGAAGGCCAAGGAAACAUUCCGGUCAGCAAUAAUUUGUCUAGUACUUCGAGCGGAAAAUACUAUUCAGAACCAGUUGAAUUGAAUUAUCAGGGAAAAGUAGCGUCAAACUCCAAAAAUACUUCAAGCACCUUCUCCAGCCUCCUCUCUGGCUCUCCAGUUGUCCGCAGCAGACCCACCAGGAGCACUCUAAAGAGUGCCCAAACCCAGACAUAUGAUUCAAUUGGCAGUAUCAAUAAUGCAGUAAUGAAUAAGCAGCAGCAGACGAAGCUCGAAUCAAUCGCCUACAUAAUAACCCUGGACAAAGGGCAUGACAGGGUGAAGCAUGUACAAGAGUACUUGGAGGAGAAUCGACCGGAGUUUGUGUGGAGUGCCAAUGAAAGGAAAAAUCAAAUUGAAUUACAGAGGCAGGAGCGACAGAGGAAAAAUGAUGAGAGGGAAAAGUUGCUGAAAGCCAAAACUCUUCCUAUGCACAAAUUACAUUCGCUAUUAAAACCUCAGCGGCAUUCCCCAAAAAGCAAUUCAUCUGUUGUGUACAAACAGAGAACCAGGCGAAAGUAUAACAAUCUGGCUGAGCAGGUGAAAAAGAGGGAACUUCAGAAGACCAAAACGUAUAAGGAAAAUAUCAAAAUGAUCCAGAUGAUGUUCAAUAAGAAUUUACAACGAAAGACUCUCGAGGGACAAACAACGAUUCCGCACAGCAAACCCGUAAUUAAAUCCAUCUAAAGGUAAAUCGUUUCCUAUCUUUUAUUCUUUCUAGUGGGACCAACAUUCACUCAAGACGUUUCCUAGUAACUGUAAUUAAGAAAUAAUUUAGAGUUGUGUUUUUUAUUGAUAUUUAAAAUGCUGAAAUAAAGCAUUUUAAUGGUUUUUAUUAGUUUAACUGGUUUGAAUAAAUAAUAAUAAAAAAUUGCA